GUGUUAUUUAUGCAAGUUGGGGUUGUCCUGCUUCAUCUUCAACGAUGUCAUCCCUCCUAUUUUGUACAAACUUACCAAUUUAAGUUCGUUGGAGUGGUGGGUUGUCACACCUAAAGCUGUUUCCUACCUCAGUCCCAGUCUCAAUAUACCAAUCGCCGCACGAGGAAGAACUAGAAGUGGACGCGAUGGCCGACCGUGUGGACACCAAGCUCUUGGCCUCAUCGCCGUCAAACAAAUCUAGCAGCUCGGGCACGGCUAACUUUCGCACCGAAGAGAUCCGCGGCUAUUUGUUCAAGAAGACGCGCGAGGGCAAAUGGCAGAAGCGGUGGUUCGAAACUAACGGAUGCUUCCUCACAUACUACAAGGUGUGGAAUCUGCUGGAAUUUAUGCUAAAAUCAUUUACAUCCUGACGCUGUUUUCGUCAACAAAGAAACAAGGACAAAAGCUGCUGGCGGCGUUGAAUCUGCCACAAGUAGGCGCCAUCACGCUGCUCCAAGAAGACCACGUCGAUGGCCCUGGUCUCUUCACUAUCGAGUUGAACGAGCGCGUCUACACUAUCAAGGCGCGUUCCCAUGAUGAAGCUGCGUUCUGGGUGGAUGCACUGCUGUGGCGUCAGGCAGGUGGCCUCGUGACGCAAAAGUCUCCGGACGUAACCAAGCAGAAAGUGGGCAACAUCUCAGCUGCCCCCACUGACAAGUUAGAUGCAGCACCAUCAAGCUCAAGCCCUACCACCAGCUCCAUGCAUGUGGAGAUGGCCAGUAAGCAGCAUGUGGACGUAAAGACCGCGAACCCGGACGAUGUGGGCAAAGAUGGCGCCCCGUGUGCGGCCUGCUGUGUCGUGCAAUAGACGAGAGAGAGAGACGAAGACGGACAAACUGCAGGCAGCCAUUUAUAUCCCUGUGCUUCUUGUUGCCUACUCCCCACGCCCGGUGUGCGCCCACUUUGUUCGAGAGCUUCACAUCGCAUCAGCUAUUAUAUGACGAGCUAACGCACGAGAAAUUGCAACCUAUUCAUGCUAACACACCGUGUAGCUAAGAGAUACCCACCCACACUACAUGUAUCUGACAGCUUACACGCCCAAUUCGUGCAGGUAAUUCACAGGAGACGGCUCACGACCAAGCAUAUCGACCAGAAGAUCAUUGGGGUCUUUAGCACCGCCAUGACCCAUCAGCUUCUGGUACAAUUUAUCGCCUGCUUCGCGAUUCAACGGACCUUGGGAACCCAAAAAGUUGGUAUGCCAGAUAUCUGCUGCGAACACACGAGCAUACAGAUAACUGUAGUAGCCGGCACCGUAGCCGAUGAGGUGUCCGAAGCGCGUAUGCCAGUAUGUUCCAUCCACAUGAGGCACCAGUGUACUCGAGUUCUGCAGUUCAUGUAGCAUCUGUGUGGUCGUAGGAGGGAUGCAUGGCAAUGGCUGCUGUCCGAAGAGCUGAAGAUCCAGCAUGGAGUACAGACACUGGGUUUGUGUAUCCAUCGCUGCGAACAUCGUCUUAGAGGCACGUAGACCUUGCAUCAUUUCAGCAGGCAAUGGUGCGCCUGUCCUGUAGUGGUGAGCGAACUCACUAACCACGCGAUAAUCCCAUGCAAAAUACUCAAACAAAUGCGAAGGAGUCUCCACGAAGUCCAGAGUCGCUCGAGUUCCCGAAAGAUGCUGGAACUCAGUGCGAGACAGCAACGAGUGCAUUGCGUGACCAAAUUCGUGGAAAAGCGUCUCCACUUCAGCGUGUGACAGCAACGAAGGACUGUCUGGAGCAGGCUUGUUAAAGUUGCAGACGAGCGCCACGAUGGGUUUCUGGUACGUUGUCUCGCUCAUACGCUUGCCACAGCGGAUGGUGAAGUGGGCUGCGUGGUUGUACUUAUUCGGACGUGGAUACAGAUCGAAGUAUAUGUAUCCCAGUGUUUCGCCAUUGCGAGUGAGUGCAAGUUUCACCACGUCUUCAUGCCAUCGCUCACUUGCGUUGAGCAUGGGAAUUUGCUUGAGUUCUAGUCCGAACAAUGCUGAGCACAGCAGAUGAAGUCCUUUCAGACAGUUCUCGAGCGGGAAAUACGCAGAGAUAACACGCGAAUCAAUGCGGUGCUUGUGGGCCUUGAGCAUGCCCAUGUAGUAAGGUAAAUCCCACAUGUACACGUGGUCGACAGAUCGUCCUUCAUGCUUCCGCUUUGCAUCCAGCAAAAGCUGUUGCUCCAAUUUAGCCUGGUAACGCAAAAACAACGUUAAAUACACUGUAGAAGACUAGUUUGGCAAACGCA